AUGCCAACUUCUCUUACAAAUACUGAGAAGUUAAUUACAAAGUUUAUAAUAAUUACCAAGGCUAUUUUAGAGCCAGACACAAGGUCCACUGCAUAUGACAAGAAUACAAUGGGCACUACUGACAUGGCUAUAGAGACUACGAACGUUGCUAGAGAACAAAACACUGCACUAACUACUCGUACAGAUACCGAGACUGUUUUGAACACAGAACAGGCUAGGUUGGCUACUAAGAAUAUUUUAGACACGACAACUACCAACACAGUGACGGGAAUUACAUCAGCCAUUAAUACAGAACCGGAUAAAGAAAAAAAGAAAUUAACCACAGGAACAACUUUAAACGUAGUACAGACUAUUAUAGUUAAGACAACAGUGGUUACGGAGACUAUUUUUAAUACUAUAACGACUAUGAACAUGGAUAGACAAGCUACACCAACCAACGCACCUACCAUGGACGUAGUAACAAAUACUGAUUUAAACACUACAAUGAAUACAAUGACUACAGAUCCUGCACCAACAACGAACAUGGAUAGACAAGCUCCACCAACCAACGCACCUACCAUGAAUACAAUAACUACAGAUCCUGCACCAACAAUGAACAUGGAUAGACAAGCUACACCAACCAACGUAGAAGCUACAAUGAAUACAAUGACUACAGAUCCUGCACCAACAAUGGACAUGGAUAGACAAGCUACACCAACCAACGUAAAAACUACAAUGAAUACAAUGACUACAGAUCCUGCACCACCUAUGAACAUGAAUACAGAGACUGCUUCAUACACCGCACCGAUCAAGAACAUAGAGAUAGAACCUACGUUAACUAUGAACAUGACUAAAAUGAUUACGGGAACUGCUUCAGAAACCACACCGACCAUGAAAGUAAUUGUAGAUUUUGAUUCCGCUUCAAGUACUGUAUUAACUACGGACGCGACAACAGGAACUUCUUCAGAUACCGUACCGACCAUGGACGUAAUUGAGAAUCUUGACCCUGCUUCUGACACUACGUUACCUAUGGAUAUGACUACAGGGACUAUGUCGGAUACCACACCGACCAUGGACGUAAUUGCGGAUCUUAAUCCUGCUUCAGACACUGACAUAAAUGCAGAUCCUAACUCAUACAUCCCAUCAAUUCAGAAUAGGGCUGAAAAACCUAUUUCAUACACUACACUGAUUAAGGAAAGAGACAGAAAGACUAUGUUGAGUACCACAUCGACUAUGAAGACGAUUACAGAGACUAUUCCGGACACAGUAGCUACCGAUACAAUGAAUAUAAAUAUGACAAUUUCAAGCACUACACAAGUAAAAAGUGAAGCUACAACAACACCCAAUCCAAAUUCAUCCAAUCAACCUAUUUGUCAUGCUAUCAAAAAUGAUGGAAGUAUGUUUAUUGUAACUGAUCUUAAAUGUUUAAGCUUGACACCAAAAUCUCGGCAAACCAAGUUCUGUCCAUCAAAUAUAAAAAUUUUUACUGAUGGACCUACUAAAUUAAAAAUAAACGACAAUAGUUACAAUAUUAGUGAUAUUAUCACCAACAAUUGUCAUAAUUAUCCGAAUAGUAAAUCUUGUAAAAGAGGUAAUACAGAUAGUUACUGUGGAAUCUCACAAUGCGUUGUAUCGUGGGCACAUGAUAUUCAUGUACGAAUUAAUGGUGAGACAGUGAGGAUGACAGCUCACAAUCCUAUUGGAGGGACGAAAUACUGGACAGUUAACUCAAAAAUAUUUGAUGGUUUAGCAAGCAAAUCUCAAUACAAAGCUUUGACUGAUUGUAUUAGUCGUUCGUGUGUUAAUUGUUUUGCAUCACCAUUUGCCUGUAAAACAAAUGAGAAAUGCAAAUACGCAUGA